AUGGAGCCUGAGGAGGAUGAGAACAAUCUGGAGGACCAAGUAGAAAAAUGGCUCACAGAUGACUUUAGUUUGACUGAGUUUGAAGAUGAAGAUUUGUCUGAGCUCACUGACAUUCAAGACCAUGGUCUGGCGUACGACUGCGAUGCUGACGAUGAAGAGGCAGCUCCACCGGCCAAUCAGCUCUCAGCUCCGGAGUGGAGGGGGUGUGUCUGCAGCAGCCGCCUGAAGCUGAUCGAUGCUGAGGAGACUGAGGAGGAAGAGGGAGCAGAGCAGAAGGUAGUCGAGGUGGGUGGGGGAGGAGGAGGCCUUGUUCAGGAAGAGGAGCGGCCCCUAAAAUCCAGCUGGGAGCAGGGGGGCACUGGGCCACCAACCUGUUCUUCGGUCAUGGACAAAUACCGACCAAAGAGACCCACCAGUUUGGCCCUGUUUCCACAGCAGCCUCAAGCUGGGACCCAGGACACCAUCAACAACAAUUCUCUUGGAAAAAAGGAAAGUUGGAAAGACACUCACUCUUCCUCGCCGCACAUCACAGGGGAUCAAACACCACCGGGUGCCCAGCCCAAAGCCGAGGCCAAGGUCCGACCCAGCACCCGUCGACCGGCCCCCAAACCUCCAGCGACCAAUGGCGUCAACGGCAGAGCGAACGGACAGCCAACCGCCCCCGCUUCCAUCGACACACGCUCACGAGUCAGAGAGAGACCGGGGACCGCCAGCGCAAGCAACCAGUCCCCUAGGAGCCAGCGCAGGGGGGCAGGAGCGGCAGGGGCAGGGGGUAAAAGCGCAGGACGGGGCGGGCUGAGAGAUAGGAACCACACCGACCCGAAGGCAAAGGAUGGAUCAGGCAAAGACGAGAGGCGAGGGCCGCGGCUUUGUGAGGAGAAGUGCAGAGAUAAAGACAAGAACGCACACUCCAGAAUACAGGCGAUCGGACUGAGAAGCAGAGCAGAGGCCAAAACAAAAGCAGCGCCCAAAGCUCCCACCAAAGCAGCGGGAAGCAAAGCGAAUAACAUGCUGAACAAUCAUCAACCUUACCUGCCUGCUAUGGUGGUCCCCCGCACACCUGUUGCCCCCAGAAAGAACGGCAAGAGCAAAGAGAAAGGUCAAAAUCAUGACAGGAAACAGGAACAGCCUCCAGCCCUAUCCCGCUCCAGCAGUGAGGGUGGCUCCAACAGAAUGUCCCUGAGCUCAGACACAGAGGGACCCCCACCUGGACCCUUGCAGCCCUCGCUCUCCUACAACCCCAACCCGGGCAUCAGCGAGGAGGACGGCGAGGGAGAGCCAACCCCUUCUAAGAUUAUAAUACAGAACUGUCCAGAAGAAAAGGCACAACCCAAACUCAAACCAGGACCAAAACCAAAACCAGGAUCAGAACUAGGACCAGACCCAAAACCAGACCCAGGGACAACAAUUGAAAAUAGCAGUAAUUUAACAGAGGACUCCGGUGUGGUCUGCACGGUCCCAAAGAGCGAGACGGCCGCGGGGCUGAGCUAUGACUCUGUGAAGUACACUCUGGUAGUGGAUGAACACGCUCAGUUGGAGUUGGUCAGCCUCAAGGAUUGUCUGCACAACUACAGCGAGCACAAAGACGACAGCGACACGGACACGGUCUACCAGUCGGCCAAUGAGGACGAGGAUCCGGAGUACGAGGUGGAGAGGAGGAAGAAGGAGGAAGAGACCAAGAAGAAAGAGAGGAAGAAAGAGGAGGAGAGGAAAAGAAAGGAAGAGGAGGAUUUGCAGCGAAGGAGAGAAGAAGAGGUGAAAAGAAGGAGGGAAGUUGUGGCCACGUUUAGCAAACAUCCCAAGUUCAGAUCCAUCACCACCGCCUCAGACGAAGAUCAGUCCACCCAGACCAAUACCACAGCUCCCCACAGCAAAAAGUUCCAGAACCUUUUUGGAGCUGACAGCGACUACAGUGAAACAGGUGCCAGCUCUUUCGGGAUGUUCUCCUGUGUUUUGAAUGGAGUGGAGCGGCAACAAAGCCACAGAGCAGCUUUCAGGUUUGUUCCGCGGCAUGGAGACGAGUUGUAUUUGGAGACAGAUGACCCGGUGUUGAUUCUGAAACAGUCUGAAGAUCUGUGGUGUCACGGCUACAACAUGAGGACAGGAGCCACGGGCAUCUUCCCUGCUUUCUAUGUGGUGAAAGUGUCCAAAGAUAUGAACAACGUUCCAAAAGAAGGCUGGCUGGAACAGUUCACAGUGCGCUUCCUUGGGUCUGUCCAGGUGCCCAUCUUCAAAGGCAAUGAUGUACUCUGUGCGGCUAUGCAUAAGGUGGCCUGUAACAGGCGGCAGGCGGGACAGCCCCCCUCUGCUUGUGUGCUGGAGGUCAGUGUAAGGGGAGUGAAGAUCAUUGUGCAGGACCAGUGCCAGUCUGCUCAUAGGGGGGAUCAGUGCUUUAAUUUCUUCCAGUUGAAAAACAUUUCAUUUUGUGGAUGCCAUCCAAAACACAACAGAUAUUUUGGUUUCAUUACCAAACACCCUGACCAACAUCGCUUUGCCUGUCACGUGUUGAUGUCGGAAACAACGCUGCAUCCUCUGGCUGAAUGUGUAGGGAGAGCUUUCAAACAAUAUUAUAAGCAAAAUAUUGGCUACUCGUGUCCUACUGAAGACAUCUUCAUCGAGUAA